AAUCCCAAGUAGAAUAAAGGAAAUUGAGGAAAAAGCAAGCGAGUGCAAAGGGUUAAAGUUUAUUUAGCGUCUAAUAAUAGGUGUGCAAAUACAUUGAGCGAUCCCUUCCACAACGGCCCUGUUUCUUUAAGAGACCAUGGUUGUUAAGUUGGCAGAUCAUUGAACCAUAGGAGGGUCAAUAAAAGAAUAAAAAGUCACUGGUUAGUGAUUCGCGAACAAGGAACUUGAUCCCAGUUCAGUGUCUGUGUGUCCAUAUGCUGCCCAGGGUCAGAGAGGGAGAACGGCGGUAUCCUCAGCCCCCUGCGCCUCCUCAGGAUGGCUUCUGGAAGGCUCAUCAAGCUCGUGGUUUUUGAGUUUCUGGAGUUUGCAGCUUUCUCCGUCCCCACGCUUGUGAUCAUGGAGCAGUUUGCCAAAGCCUAUCAGGACACCAGGACGGCGUCCGACAGAACACAUUAUUGGCUGAUCGUGUCCUGUUCUAUUGCCUAUGUGGCUCUAGUGACCCUGGUGAUUUGGGUUCCUGUAAAAGUUCUCUUACACAAGAAACAUCACCUUUACAAAAAAAUUACAGGGUGGAGACCUGUUCUGAUGAUGUGCGUAAUACUCACCACUUUGCCCAGUUUCACGUUUUCCAUAGCGGCGACCGAGAUUCAGAAGAACAUCAGUGGGUCUACUAAUGCCUUACCUGAUAAGUUGUUACCUGACCUGCCUGUAUCUCUGGUCCUGUUAUCCUUGAUCAUAGUUGAUAUCAUUGAAAAACUCAGGAUAUAUCCUCUUAGAGGGAGUCAAAAGGGUAUCAGAGAUGGGGCCAUCCCUACAACCUCUUUGCAGCAAAUAAAAACGGUGACAGAACAAGUGAAGCCAAAUGAAGAAAACCCUGCGUCUCCCCAGGCUGCAGGGACAACCCAGGUGUCCCGGCCACUGGGAGCCACAACACCGAGCCAGACGACUGUGCUGAGGGCACCCCGGGAGCCCUCCUUUCACUCGGGAAUCCUGAAAACAAUGUCUCAGCAGGACGUGCGGGCGGACAUAUUCCUGUGGAGCUUUCUGCUGUGGUCGGACACCAUCGAGAUGGUGCGUGUGGCCGGUCACCCCAGCGUGUACAAGUCAGGCUGGAUAUACCCAGUCUACAUAUUCAGUUUCAUUUCCGUCCUUCGGAUGAUAUUCACUCCCCAAAAUCCUCUUCUCCAUUCCGCGGGCGUCUUGCUGCAGGAUUUACCCUUUGUCUUCGUUAGACUUAGUUUAAUCAUUGUCCUGGGGACGAUCACACCCGUGCUGGGCCUUUGUAAAAACAUACUGGUGACACUAUCUUAUGUUUAUUUCAACCACCUAACCAGACUCAGGGUUUUCUCUACCUUUGAAAUGUCUCCAUUUUAAAGAGAAAAUGGGAUACAGGGUGACCUUUUUGUUAUGCAUCUGUGCACGUUUGUAAUACUUUUUUUUUUCUGGGACAUGAGUUUUUACACUAUAUAAAGAAAUGAAGACUAGAUUGUAGAGAAUAAGUUAUUCAUGAUGACUCUGGUGUACCAUUUUUUUUUUUUACAUAUACAAAUGGUGCUAAAUUUAAACAAUGUUAUAUUCUUAUGAGUUGGCUCUCAGGGAUGUCUAGAACAUGUUAGUAGUUAAUUUUAGUUUUGUUAUAUAUACUGCACUUUUUUCUAAAAACACUUUUCAAUAAAGCCUUUUUAAAAAAAUGAGAAGAUAUUUCCCCACUGUUAGCCCAAGAAUGACAUUUUUAUCUUGUAUAUAAAUUAAAGAGCAUUCUAUGAGUUGAUGAAUUAAAAUUAGGUUGUAGGAAAUGUAUCUGAAGUUAUUGAAGAAUUUUUAGGUUAUACUUUUUUAAAACUAUGGAAAUUGUGGUUUUAGGGUCUACUUCAAAUAUAGAAUUAUAUUCUUUAUGCCACUGAGGCAAGUGAUUUUUAUUCAAUUGACUGAUUUCAGCAUCAAAAGCAAUUCACUUGAGCAGAUAUUCAGCUCAGUUCAAGGCUUAGCUGCAGUACUAACUUAAAAGUUGUUUAGUAUAAUGAAGUCAAGGAACAUCAGCAAUACCUAGAUAAAGUUUUGUAAUAGAAAGCCAUAAAUUGCACACGUAGGUUUCAAAGUAAAAGGAUAUUUUCUUUGUGAAAUUUGAUACCAUCAUAAAAAUCAACAAAUACAAGUCCCGUUUAAAAUGGGAAGUUCAACUUACAAAUAUAAUAGCAAAAGCUUCAGUGUCUUAAGUGAUAUUGUAUCAGGAAGAUCUUGAUGUUAUAAAACAGGCGUCCUCAAACUACGGCCCACGGGGCACAUGCUGCCCACCUAGGAAUCUUACCCGGCCCGCCGGGUGUUUCUGCCGCCGCUGCCUGUCCUGCUUAGCAGCCGACACGUCCCGGGCCCACAGUGCGCACUU